AAUGCGAAUAUGGCCCAGUACCAUCUCUAGAAGGUGGUGAGUUCAAAGCUUUAGCGAAAGGCGCUGUUGUCACUUGAGAAUUGCAGAGCCAACGAACGCAAUGAAAAGAAGCGCUUCUAUCUCCGAUCGCCGUCUCCGGCAACUUGCUGCAUCACGCAACAGAUGUCAUGAUCGUACGGCUUGACGCUGGUCUUUGUCUCUCUGACGGUCUGACCUGUUGCUCGAUGGAUAAGGAUAAGGAUGUUGAAUAUGGUGAUCGAAACCUCAUGCAUGGAUUCUGUUUCUCGUUGUAUCUUGGUGCUCGAUCUGUGGCUUAUCAGUUUCCGGAACAAUUGUAAGUUUACAUCAAGUUAUUCCUUAUUCAAAAAGGGUCGAUUAUGGAAUUUUUAGCAUUCACAGCUAGCAACAUGGCCGGGUUUUCAGUGAGGGAAUGUGCAACAGAACAAGUUGGUAUGGGUGGCCUUUUUUAUUUUCUUUUAAACUCUUUUUUUUUUGUGUGGAAUAGAAGAAGAUUCAGUGUGAACAUGAUUGAUGUUAUGUGUCUUGGAAUCCACGUUUCUGAUUCAAAUGAUCUCUAUUGAUACUUGGAGACUAAUUAUGUCAAAGUUUGCUGCUGUGACUUUGAAAUUAUUGACCUAACUUUUAUAAUUAUUCUUUUAUAGACCCUUUCUCCAUAUGAAAACUAGUAAAAAUCUUCUAGUUAACUCAUAUUUCUUUUGCUUGCUGACAAAAAAAUACUCGACAAUUAGUAUUUGUAGGUAUGGUAAGGACUUUUCAAGCUUCAAAUGAUCAAAACAGUGAAGAGAGAUGAUUAAACCAAACUCUAGUUAGCUUAAAUUUUGUAGGCUCAGUUCUGUGUGGUUGUAUGUGCUUUUUAGUGUUUUUCAUAGCACAACUGUGCUAUCAAACAACCAUAUAUUGAUAUAUAGUUGAUACUUCUGGGAAGCAUAUUGGGAUUGGGAUGCAAAUGGGUAUUAUUCUUUUGUUCUUCUUAUUCAUUUUCAGUUUGCAUCCACCACAAUAUUGUGCUGAAGUUUAUAACAUAACUUCCUCACAACCAUUGGCACAGGGACAAGUUCUUGUUUCCCCUGGUCACCUUUUCGAAUUAGGCUUCUUUGAUGGUAAUAAGUAUGUGGGAAUAUGGUACAAGAACAUAUCUCCUUUUAAAGUUGUAUGGGUGGCCAACAGUGAAAAUCCUGUAACAGACACCUUGCCGAGUUUGAGAAUCAGUAGUAAUGGGAAUUUGGAGCUUGUAGAUGGGAAGCAAAAUCUGGUUUGGUCAACUAAUAUCAGUACUCAGGGGUCUUCAUCUAAUAGUACUUCUGCAGCUGCCCUUCUCUUAGAAAGUGGAGAAUUAGUUGUCAAAAACGGUAUGGGAGAUGUUGUAUGGCAGAGCUUUGAUUAUCCUUGCGAUACGAUCCUUCCAAACAUGCUGGUUGGAUUUGAUGGAAAAUUUCGAAAGAGAAAGUUCUUGACUUCCUGGAAAGGUGAUAAUGAUCCAUCCGCAGGGAAGUUCCUAGUUGGACUUGAAUCGCAGACGCCAACACAAGUGUUCAUCUGGAUUAAUAAUGGAUCAACUCCAGUUUGGAGAAGUGGUCCAUGGGAUAGAACAAAGUUCAUUGGCCUACCAGAAAUGAAUUAUCUAUAUCAAAGUGGUUUUAAGGUUGAUGAUGAUCCGAUACAGGGAACAAAGUAUUUCUCUUAUACUUUACUUGACAGUACUAUCUCAUAUAUUGAUAUCUCUUACAAGGGAGUGCUGAACUUUAUGCUUUCAGAAAAUGGCUCCAACUGGUUUCGUAACUGGGGGGCACAUGAUAUGCCAUGCGACAGAUAUGGAGUUUGUGGACCUUUUGGGGUUUGCACAACUUCUGAGUCUCCAUUGUGCAAGUGUCUGGAUAACUUUUUACCCAAGUCGGAUGAAGAAUGGAACAAACAAAACUGGACAAGAGGGUGUGUGAGGCAAACCAAACUGUUCUGUGAUAGUAACACAAGUAAUUCAGUCUCUUCCAGAGGAAAUGAUGAUGGUUUCCAAAAGUGGGUAAGGAUGAAAGUACCAGACUUUCACGAAUAUAUCAAAUCAUUGGACUCCGAAUUAGACUGCAGGAUGUAUUGCCUAAAUAAUUGUUCUUGCCAGGCCUAUGCAUUUGUUAAUAACAUAGGGUGUUUGGCCUGGUACAAAGACCUUAUUGACAUGCAGCAGUUUUCCUUUGGAGGAACAGAUAUGUUCAUUCGCCUAGCACAUGCAGAUCUAGGUGAAAAAAAGCAGAUAAAAUUGAUUGUCAGUCUCGCAGCUAUUUGUUUUAUCGGCAUAUUGUGUUCAAUUGUGUUUGGUUGGCACAGGUUGCAAAGGAACAAAAAGGGAAUAAUGAAAGGAAACACGAAGUACAUUAAAUCUACUGGUACAACUGUGGCCUCCAGUGACCCUCUUCAAGAUUAUAUAAGGGAGCAUGAUCGGUCAGAGCUAAUCAUGUAUGAUUUUGAUUGCAUAUCAAUUGCUACAAACACCUUCAGUGACACAAACAAACUCGGCGAAGGAGGAUUUGGCCCAGUUUAUAAGGGUAAGCUGCAAGAUGAGAAAGAAAUAGCAGUAAAACGAUUAUCUAGUAGCUCCAGGCAAGGCAUUGAAGAAUUCAAGAAUGAGAUGCUGUUGAUCUCCAAACUCCAACAUACAAAUCUUGUUAAAAUAUUCGGUUGCUGCGUUAAAGAGGAUGAAAAGUUGCUAAUUUAUGAGUUCUUGCCAAACAAAAGCUUGGAUACUUUUCUAUUCGAUCCAACGAAAAGAGCACUGCUUGAUUGGGCCAGCCGCUUCAAUAUAAUUCGAGGUGUGGCUAGAGGACUUCUUUAUCUUCAUCAUGAUUCCUGUUUGAAGGUAAUACAUAGGGACUUGAAGGUCAGUAACAUCCUCUUGGAUGAGAAAAUGAAUCCAAAAAUAUCAGAUUUUGGGUUAGCACGUAUAGUUGAAGGCGCACAUAAUCUAGUGAAUACACACAAGGUUGUGGGAACACUUGGCUACAUAUCUCCGGAGUAUGCCAUGGGCGGGAUAUUUUCCGAAAAAUCUGAUGUGUACAGCUUCGGGGUGUUGCUAUUAGAGAUUAUAAGUGGCAAGAAGAAUACCAGCUUCUCUAAUUAUGAACAACAGCUGGGGUUCCUACCAUAUGCAUGGAAUUUAUGGAGCGAAGGCAGGGGAGUGGACUUAGCAGAUGAAGUAUUGAAUCAUUCAUAUUCUUCUUCAGAAUUGUUGAGAUGCCUGCAUAUAGGGCUUCUGUGUGUGCAGGACAAUGCUGCAGAUAGACCAACCAUGCCGGAUGUAACUUUCAUGCUAAGUAGCAGUGUUAUAGAUGGUCCACUACCCAAGCGGCCUGUAUUUACUUUCCAAAGCCCAGUUUAUGGUCCCAAACCACAGUAUCAGUAUGUAAGUGCUUUCUCUGCAAAUGAAGCCACCAUGUCACUGAUCGAAGGACGAUCUCUCUUUCCCCUUGCGGCUUUGCCCAUCAGUGGAAUACUACCAACCAUAUAUGUCUUCCUCAAAAUGAACAACCCCAGUUACUCCCAUAUAUGCUUUUCACCAACAAUGGGGGCUUUAGCAAAGCACCAUAGCUUUUCCACCAUUCUUCUUCUCCUCACUUCACUCUCUUUCUUCUCCAUUGCCAUAUCCAAAGACACCUUGUCUGAAACUGAGUCCCUCGGAAUAGGCCAGACCCUCGUCUCCGCCGGCGAGGUUUUCGAAUUGGGUUUCUUCGAACCAGGCAGGAACUCAAGAUGGUACUUGGGCAUAUGGUACAAGAAAAUCGAACAAAUAACAGUUGUUUGGGUUGCCAACAGAGACAACCCGAUCCUAAACAACAACUCAUCGAGUCUCAAUAUCGGUUCCGAUGGGAAACUGUCCCUUGUGGAUGAAUCCGGAAAAGUUUAUUGGUCAAGCAACCAAUCACAGUAUGUUGGAGUCACUAAAAACCCAAUCCUGCAGCUUUUGGAUUCCGGCAAUUUAGUCAUCAAAGAAGCAAAUGAAAUCAACCCUAGCAAGUAUCACUGGCAGAGCUUCGACUAUCCCACACACACUUUGUUGCCGGAGAUGAAGCUCGGUUGGAACUUGAAAACCGGAUUGGAGAGGUACAUAUCCUCAUGGAAAACUCUAGAAGAUCCUUCUACAGGAGACUACAACUUCAAGCUCGACUACCACGGUUUCCCGGAGGUCUUCCUCCGGCAGAAACAGACCUUAAAGUACCGGAGCGGACCCUGGAAUGGACUGAGAUUUAGCGGAGUUCCGGAGAUGAACCCCGCCAAUGGUAUUAACUUCAACUUCGUUGUAAAUAGUGAGGAGGUGUACUACUCGUUUUCUGAACAAGGCGAUAACACGGACGACCCGGCUCUGACUUCACGGCUGAUCGUAGCUACCUCCGGCGAAAUCCAACGAUUCACGUGGAUCGAGAGCCGAAAGACGUGGAACCAGUACUGGUACUCUCCCAAGGACCAAUGCGACAGUUUCGGAGAGUGCGGGCCCUACGGUCUCUGCGACGCCAACGCUUCGCCGGUGUGUCAGUGCAUGAAAGGGUUCCGACCUAAGAACCCUUCGGCGUGGAGCUUGAGGGACGGCUCGGAUGGAUGUGAAAGGGAGACGGAGCUGGAGUGUGGGAAUAAGGACAAGUUUAUGAAGGUGAAGAAUGUGAAGCUGCCGGAGAGCGGCGGAGCGGUGGUGGACAUGGAGAUGAGGUGGGAGGAGUGUAAGGUGAAGUGUUUGGAGAACUGCUCGUGUAGUGGGUACUCGCCGUCGAGGAUUCAGAAUGGAGGGAGCGGAUGCGUGAUGUGGUUUGGGAACUUGGUUGAUAUGAGGAGUUAUACCGAAGGCGGGCAAGAGUUCUAUCUCCGAUUAGCCGCUUCUGAACUAGAUGGUGGUAGGAAAACAAAACGAAUAGUAAUGAUCGUUGGCAUUGUAGCUGGUAUUGCCGUUCUGCUAUCAGCUGGUCUUAUUACGUGUUUCCUGCGGCGGAGGACGAAUUCGGGUAGCACUCUAACAAGGAGACGAUCAAAAGGUCCACUUGAAAGAAGCCAGGAUUUUCUGCUAAAUAGCGUGGUAGUCUCAAGCAAGAAGGAGCGCUACUCUGAUGACCGGAGCAAUGAUGACCUAGAGUUGCCAUUGUUUGAUGUUAGCUCUGUAGCAGCGGCUACAGAUAACUUUUCUGAUGAAAAUAAGCUGGGGCAAGGUGGUUUUGGUGUUGUUUACAAGGGAUUGGUCGAAGGUGAAUUGAUCGCUGUGAAGAGACUCUCAAAGAACUCCGGACAAGGAAUUGAAGAAUUCAAAAACGAAGUAAGGCUAAUUGCAAGGCUUCAACACAGAAACCUUGUUCGACUGCUUGGUUGCUGCGUUGAUGUAGAUGAAAAGAUGCUGAUUUAUGAAUACAUGGAAAAUAAAAGCCUUGAUUCUUUUCUAUUCGAUAAAGCAAAAAAAUAUUUGCUGGAUUGGAAAAAGCGUUUCAACAUCAUAUGUGGGAUUGCUCGAGGACUGCUCUAUCUUCACCAGGAUUCAAGAUUCAGAAUCAUCCAUAGGGACCUCAAGGCAGGCAACAUUUUACUUGAUGGAGAAUUGGACCCGAAGAUAUCGGACUUUGGAAUGGCAAGAAUAUUUGGUCAGGAUCAGACAGAAGCCAAUACCAAAAAAGUAGUAGGAACAUAUGGCUAUAUGUCUCCCGAAUAUGCAAUGGACGGUCUGUUCUCAAUCAAGUCAGAUGUAUUUAGCUUUGGAGUUCUAGUGUUGGAGAUUGUUAGUGGUAAAAAGAAUAGAGGAUUUUAUUAUUCAAACAGUGAGCUAAACCUCCUAGGACAUGCUUGGGAGUUAUGGAAUGAAGGUCGUGCGUUGGGUAUAGUAGAUCCAUCAGUAGGUGAUUCAUUUUUGGAAACUGAGGUGUUGAGAUGCAUGCAGGUCGGCCUAUUAUGCGUCCAAGAGCGAGCAGAAGAUAGACCUACAAUGUCAUCUGUGGUUCUAAUGCUAAAUAGUGAAACUGCAUCACUACCGCAGCCUAAAAACCCCGGCUUUUGCCUAGGAAGGAGACCAGAAACAGAGUCAUCCUCGAGCAAGCAAGACGAGUCAUGCACUGUAAACCAGGCAUCUUUCACAGUAUUAGAUCCUAGGUAGUGUAAGGUUAUAAUCUUCAUCAUCUAGCAUAGUUUAUAUAUCUCUGUAUACCUCACAAAGAUCACAAUUUUCUUCUGUAUUAGAGUAUAAACUGAUCUUCUCUAAGGCAACAUACAAGAGAAAUCCACGUUUUACUGUAGAAUCUGAUUUU